AUUCUCCCCCCCCCCUUCUCUCUAUUUCUCUUCUUUACUCUUCACUCAACAACAACUAUCAACUUUCAUCAAAGACAACUUUUAUUCUUUCAACUCUAACCAAACACUCUAAUCAAUACAACAUGCCUCGUAAGCAGACCGAAACUGCUGCCAAAGCCAAAGGUGCCAAGAAGACCGGCAAAUCUUCUGCAUACAACGAGUACAUGAAAGUUCAACUCGCCAAACUCAAGGCUGAGCAGGAGAAGACCGGAAAAAAGGCUGAUCACAAGGAAAACUUCAAAAAGGUUGCUGCCAGCUGGAAAACCGCUUCUGAGAACCCUAAAAACAAGAAAUAAACGUCAUACCCAUCUCUCGUUUAUCUGUUUGGAUUCGGUUGUCGGGCGUAAUUGGGGACUUGUUGAUACCUGGUGACGAAUGAAUGGAUGGUUGACUUGUGUGAAGAAAUGUGCAGAUCUGUUGGAAACGAAUGGGGCGAAUGGGGGUUAAUAUGAUAUCGCACCUCUUUUUUAUACCAUCGAAUUAAUGCCAUGCAGGGGUUGUACGACC